CAGCAGCACUCGGCCGGUUAAUGAGCUAGCCUGAAUCUCGCUUUCGGACACGCUGCCAAGCCACAAUCAAACGUUACACGUUAUUGUCUGCAUUAGCUUCGAGUCACUUCUGCUGGCACUCGCUGCCUCAUCGCUUAGCUUUUCAAUGGCCAUGGCUGCAACCUCUUCUGUGCAGGACGACGCACUCAAAUACUUGCACGCUCCUUCAGAUAUGAGACACUGUCGAGGGGCGUUGGGCGACAAGGUGGCCAUGUUCAACGGCCAGGCGGAGAACCACCAGGCUGGACAGUCGCGCAAUCCGUUCAGCGGACACGCGGGCAGCAACGGCAUCAAGCCGACACUGGACACGAAAGACGCAAAUUACGGCAGGCCCGUCGAGGGAUCGAAAACUGACCAGCGGGGCCAGAAAGCUAUGCAGCACGUGGCAAAGGAGAUCCUCGAGUUGUGCGAGAUCAUCAACGAUUGCGGCCAGAGCGUGCCAACCAGCAAAAGUCACAAGUACAUUCGCUUUGGCGAGCUUUUCAAUAUUUACACACACAUUUCAAACAAAGUCGUCGGCAUCCUUCUCAGAGCCAGGAAGCACUGUUUCGUCGACUUCGAGGGCGAAGUUUUAUUCCAGAGAAGAGACGACGACGUGCCCAUCCUAAUGGUGAAAACCAUCGAGGAGAUCCGAUCGAUAUUCAAGAGUGGUAAUGCCCUCAACCACGGGACCAAUAGUUAUGCUGCUCCUGUCAGCGGAAGAUGAAAAUCAUUCAGACGCGUCGAGUUCUCAAAUAUUUCCAGGGCUAAAAUUGUCCAAUUUGGUCACAGAUGUCGAGGGAGGGAAGGAAACCAUCGUUUUUAUCUAUGUUAUUGUACAUCUCAGCUUAACUGUUGUCGUGUUCUCUCAGAAUUUCUGCAUCUUAAGCUAUAUUUUAUUUUAUUUUGACUAGAAUUUAAUAAUGUUAUUUUAAUGUUAAUUUUACGGUGACAGUGAAAUUAUCAUUCUUCUGUUUGUGGAUCAGAUAGUGAAACUCUUGCAUUAUUUUAAUUAAAAAUAGACUCAGAAAUUU